AGGCGCGCCAGGCGCCCCGGUUCUGGAGCGUAAACAAGAGCGGGGCCGGGAUGAGGCGGCGGUUGAUGCCCGCGCGACGAGUGGCGGCGAGCGAGGCGGCGAGCGGGGCCCGGCGCCGACCCUGAGCUCCCCCGAGCUGCCCUCGAGCGCGCGAGUCCCCGGCCGGGCCCACCCGCCGCGCGCCCACCAUGAACCUGGCGAGUCAGAGCGGCGAGGCCGGCGCCAGCCAGCUGCUCUUCGCCAACUUCAACCAGGACGUCACGUCUCUAGCUGUUGGUAGUAAAUCCGGUUAUAAAUUUUUCUCCCUUUCUUCUGUGGAUAAACUGGAACAGAUCUAUGAAUGCAGCAUCCGAACCCACAACCCUGAGCUACUUCAGCAGAGAUGUCAGUAACUGCUGUUUGAAGAAGCAUUUACAUGCAGCCGAAUGUGAGGUCUUGAGUAAACAUUCUGCGUUUGGACAAUGCAUCCAUCUGUGCAUCCUGAACUCCUAUCAGGGUUCACCGUCACUCCAGAAGGCUCCUUCAUACCCCCACCCCCACCACUCCCAGCUUGCUUCCGCCCUCCACAGGAGGCAAGCAGCGUUCUGGGUUUGUGUCCUGUGGUUUAGUUUUGCCUGUCCGACCUCAAAGAGGUGCCGCGUGUGCUCUCUUAACGAGGUUCCUUUUGCUCGGAGUAGUGUUGUGAGAUUUGCCCAUGUUGUUGUGUCUCCGUUGCCCGGUCUGUGAACGAAUGCCAGGUGCUGAUGGAAACCUGGGCUGUCCCAGUUGUCAGCUGUUGUGAAUAAAGCCGCUCUGCACAUUCUUAGAGAAGUCUGCUGGUGGACGCACGUUUUCCCUUGUCUUGGGUGAAUGGAAGUGGGAUCUGUGUUUCGUUCUGUAAGAGACACCCCGCCCCUCUGAAGGGGGUCCGUGGUGUGUUCCCCGCAGAGCUGUACCGUCUGGCCAGCGCCUGGUGGUUUCGGGCUUGUUCGUGUUAGCCUUUCUGCUGUGUGUGCAGCGAUGGCUCAGGGGUUCGGUCUGAAUCCCUGGGGGCGGAUGACUGCAGACACACUCAGGCCCUCGCCGGCCCUCCGUCAGUUAUCUUCCGCCAGUUAUCUCCGCAGCGCUUGUGUCCCUUUUUACGUUUGAUUGCUUUGUCUCUGUCUUAUUGAGUGGUCAGCGUUCUUUACAUAUUCUGGAUACCAGUCCUUCGUCUGAUACGUUUGGUGAAUAUUUUUUCCCAGUCUGUGGCUUGACUUGUCUUUUGAGCAAGUAUUUGGAAAUUUGGUUUAAAGUCUGAUUGACUUUUUUCAUUUAUGCGCGACGUUUCAUGUAUCUUUUCUAGGAAACCUUUGCCUGCCAGCAAGUCCUGGAGGUAUUUGCCUGGGUUUUCUUUGAAAUCUUGUAGUUGCAGCUUUUCUGCUGAGCCCACUGGUCUCUUGCGUUCACCCUGGCGUGUGGUGUGAGGAGGCUCAGGCCGCCUUCGUCCUUAUGCGUUGUGGUCCCUCCUCCAUUUGUCAGCAAGACUUUUCUUCCCCCACUGACGUGCUUUGGUGCCUGAAAGCAGCCCUACUAAGGGUGGCUCCAUUACUGCUCUUCAUUCUCUUCUGCUUGUUUGCUGUUUUUAACCACGCCUGCGGGGUAUGGAAAUUCCCAGGCCAGGGAUGGAACCCGAGCCACACCUGUGGCCUGUGCCACAGCAGCAGCAGCGCCGGAUCCCUCACCCACUGCGCCGAAGCGGGAGCUUGCGAUCCUGCUUUUUUCUAGUGGUAGUCUGCUUGCUCUGUGAAGUCUGCUUACUCUGUGAGAGGCUUGUUUCAUGCCGUCCUGAGUCGCAACCUUGAGCGACUCCCACCUUUGUGCCCGUCAGAGCCAGGAACCCCUCCGCACGCGUCAGAGAAACUGAUGCUUUCCUCAGGGAGUCCAUCUUCUCAUCUCCCACGUGUUCCGCUGGGAAAACCAGUCCUGCCGGACCGUCCUGCCUUCCAGAUUGUCUGUGGUCCGUUCCUUCACUCAUUCUGUCUCUACUGCAUGGCCAGUCUCUCCAUCCGUUCAUCUGGGAGCUCAUUGGUUUCAGGCCCGAAGCUUCCUCUCAGCGCAGGUGUCCUCUCCGUAACCGCUGUUCACGGGGACCUGGGGCCCGCCCUGCCCCGACUGACUCCCGCAGCUCUUCCGCCGCACCUCCUGCUGGCCGCCCCGGCCCUCUUCCGCUUCCCCACUCACGGCCGCCACCUUUCCUUCUGCCUCCACCUCUCCAUCAGGAUUCGUCCUGGGUCUCCUGGUAGCGCCCGCGUCAGCAGGUUCAGUGAGCCAGGCAGUGUCAGACCUGGGGCGCGGGCAGUGUGGACAGGCAGACCCACUCCUGCCCCUGGAAGCGAGGCCCAGGGCUGGGGACCGCUGCUGAGCCAGGGCCCAGGUUCGCAGGGUAACAGGACAGCUGCGACGGUGAGAAGUAGACGAUGCGUCAGGCCCUCGCGCCUCCAGUCCCUCCCUCGAUCUUGGAGAGAGAGGUGGCCGGAGAGCGGGAGCCCGACAGCAUGGAGAGCUUGUCCCCCGCAGGAGUGAGCGUAGCAUAGACACGGCCCUCCCAGCCCCUCCCAGCCCGUGGCGUCCACUGCUCACCCAGCGGGCCCUGGGCGUACUUCGUCCCCGCACCCCCGGUCCUGGGGCACAGGGCCUGACGGGAGCACCAGGGUCUGGUCCCUGGUCCCCAGGGAAAUUUUACUGCAGACUUCUCGUUCUGGGUGACGUCUCCCCUGACUGGUUGGCCUGACGUGGGAGCGCUGCUGUGCCCGGUGCUGGAGAUACAUCAGCCUAUGAGAACAGGCUGAGCCCUGGCCCCUGUGCUGGCGGUCACUCCUGAUUGUGCCCUUCAGUCAAGGGUCAGCAGCUCCCCUGAGAUGAUGCCAGGCAGGCAGGCUUGAGACCUGCCUCUGUUCUUCUUCUUCUUUUUUUUUAUUUUCUUUUUAGGGCCACACCCGCAGUAUAUGGAGGUUCCCAGGCUAGGAGUCGAAUCGGAGCUAGCCUGCACCACAGCCACAGCAAUGCAGGAUCUGAGCCGCGUCUGCAACCUGCACCACAGCUCACAGCAACACCAGAUCCUUAACCCACUGAGCAAGGCCAGGGAUCAGAUCUGCAACCUCAUGGUUCCUAGUCGGGUUCGUUUCCGCUGAGCCACGACGGGAACUCCUCGUCUUCUUGAAUAAAGCUUAGUUUGUAGCUGCCGGAGAGAGAUGUGAUCAUAAGUUGUGUAAAAGUGCCUUAGACUAAACUGCUGUGAAGAGCGUAGAACCACGCACUUGAUCUUGUCUCCUCUUCCAUUCUGCGCAAUAGCGAAAUCUUGGUUUUUCCACACAUCCGUGCAGCAUCACUGUAGAUAUGCCUGGUGGCUGCUGCCCAGCAGUCGGGACCUGAUGCUGAUGCUCGUGAGGCUUCAGACACUUUGUGAGGACUGACGCCGGCAUCUCCCUCCCUCCACACAGCCUGUGUCUCAGUACAGGGCCUUGGAGAGCCUUCUCGUUGGCUUUGGUAGUUUGGUUCCUAAACUUUUUUUUUUGUCUUUUGUUGUUGUUGUUGUUGUUGUUGUUGUUGUUGUUGUUGCUGCUAUUUCUUGGGCCGCUUCCGCAGCAUAUGGAGGUUCCCAGGCUAGGGGUUGAAUCGGAGCUGUAGCCACCGGCCUACGCCAGAGCCACAGCAACGCGGGAUCCGAGCCGCGUCUGCAACCUACACCACAGCUCACGGCAACGCCGGAUCGUUAACCCACUGAGCAAGGGCAGGGACCAAACCCGCAACCUCAUGGUUCCUAGUCCGAUACGUCAACCACUGUGCCACGACAGGAACUCCUCAGGCGUGUUUUUAGUGAACAAGUGACUUCAGCCCCAGAGCUCCUCCUCUCCUGGAGGAGACUUUUCAGGUAGCUCUGUGCAUGGUUGUGGGCGUGGAUUUUCACAGACGGGGGUCCUGUUCCCCGGGGGGUCGGACCUCCCAGGCCCCCCGGGUUGACCCAUCUGGCCGGCUGUCCUCCGAGCCCCGUUCAGGCCCAGAUGGAGUGUGGCUGCGGGUCGUUGUUGGGUUGAUCACGGCACAUGCUCUGCCCCCGGCUCAGCUGGACUCCCUAUAGCUCAGCUGGAGACAGCCGCACGUGGGAGUCGUGUAGAGUUUGGCUCUGGGACUUUCCUGCCUUCCAGAAUUCUCUUUGUUGCUCAAUCCGAACUUAGCCAAGCUAUUACCGAUAAAACAAAGGGGGACUAGGAGAGAUUGGGGUGCGGGGGGGCCGUCGGUGGAGACGGGGGUGAGGCAGUAGCCGUGGAGGCACUGUAGCUGCUGUCUCCUCUGCAAGAGGCUGUGCACAGUUUAUAAUACACGGUCUUCUGAGUGGGGGUGUCCCCACCUCCAGCUGGAGCUGCCAGCCCCUCGUUGCUCCUGACAGUAGAGUGGCGGGAGCCCCACUUACAGACAAAGCUAGCCCUCCAGAGAUGGAGUCAUCCAAGGAGCGCCCGGGGCCCGUCACGGCAGGUGCCGUUCUCGGUGCCAGGGGUGUGGCCGUGAGCCGGCAGCUGAGGCCUCUGUGCUGGGGAGGCUCACGGUCCAGUGGGUUUAGGGAGCUCCCAGCGAGCCAGUGAAGAAGGUGGGCACAGGGGACCCGGGGAGGCAGUGGCAGGGUGACGGGUGUGGAACGGGGGGGGGCUUCUCCGUGACGCAGGAAGGGGGGCGGUCUGCACGCGGCUUGUCUGGGCCUGGUGAGCGGGGAGUUGGACCUAGCCUGCCUUCAGGCCUAGCCUGAAGCCGUGGGCCCGCUGGGCCUGUUGGAGGCACGCACACCCAGGUGGCUCUUUGCUCCUCUCAGCUGACACGGAGGACGUGUGCAUCGUGGAAAGGCUCUUCUCUAGCAGCUUGGUGGCCAUCGUCAGCCUCAAAGCUCCCCGCAAGCUGAAGGUCUGCCACUUCAAGAAGGGCACUGAGAUCUGCAACUACAGCUACUCCAACACCAUCCUGGCCGUGAGGUUGAACAGGCAGCGGCUGGUCGUGUGCCUCGAGGAGUCUCUGUACAUCCACAACAUCCGGGACAUGAAGGUGCUGCACACCAUCCGGGAGACGCCCCCGAACCCCGCAGGCCUGUGUGCGCUGUCCAUAAACAACGACAACUGCUACCUGGCGUACCCCGGCAGCGCCACCAUCGGGGAGGUGCAGGUCUUCGACACCAUCAACCUGAGAGCUGCGAACAUGAUCCCGGCUCACGACAGCCCGUUAGCCGCCCUGGCCUUCGACGCCAGUGGAACCAAGCUCGCCACUGCUUCCGAGAAGGGGACCGUGAUUCGGGUGUUUUCCAUUCCAGAAGGACAGAAGCUCUUCGAGUUCCGGAGAGGCGUGAAGAGGUGUGUGAGCAUCUGCUCCCUGGCCUUCAGCAUGGACGGCAUGUUCCUGUCCGCGUCCAGCAACACCGAGACUGUGCACAUCUUCAAACUCGAGACUGUGAAGGAGAAACCUCAGGAGGAGCCCACCACCUGGACGGGCUACUUCGGGAAGGUGCUCAUGGCUUCCACCAGCUACCUGCCCUCCCAGGUGACAGAAAUGUUCAACCAGGGCAGAGCCUUUGCCACCGUCCGCCUGCCUUUCUGUGGCCACAAGAACAUCUGUGCGCUGGCCACAAUCCAAAAGAUUCCGCGACUGCUGGUGGGAGCCUCUGACGGGUACUUGUACAUGUACAACCUGGACCCCCAGGAGGGCGGCGAGUGCACCCUGAUGAAACAGCACAAGCUGGACGGCAGCAUGGAGACCACCAACGAGAUCCUGGACUCCACGUCUCACGACUGCCCCCUGGUGGCGCAGGCCUACGGCACGGCUGCGGCCAAGGGUGCGCCGGUGCCUUCUUCCCCGACCGCACUUGCCUACACGGACGAGCUGGGCGCAGCGGGCGGCGCGGGUCUGGAGGACGAGGCCAGCGCCCUGCGGCUGGAGGAGGACAGCGAGCAGCCUCCCAUGAUUCUGCGGACGGACUGACCUUGACCUGUGAACCCUUCAGAGCCCUGAGGCAGAGGACACUGACUGACAGAGGACUUCAUGUGAUGCUGCUAUGAACUUUGACCCGAGAUGGGGCGAGGACGGCAGAGACUUCAAGAGGAAAACAAAGCUUGUAGCUGUGGUCUCAUCCCACGCUGUUGAGAAAUACAUCGUUUUCACUUCAGUGGCUUUUAAUCUGGCUUUUAAGUUUUAGCUUUUUGUUUCUUUUCUCUUUUUGCCAAAAUUAACUGUUUGGUGGAGCCCUCGAAACCUCCUUGCUUUGCAUGUAUUCCUGUGCCAAGCCCGCCUGGGGGAGCUAGCGCCGCUUGGUAAGAAGCGCAGGUGGUGGGGUGUGACUCUGCUCAGCGUGUGGCGCGCCCGAGGUGGCGGGCAGCGCGGGUCUGGUUCUGCUCAGGCGGGGCCGGCGUGGGGGGGCUCGCUCCCCAGAGCCCCUCCGGGACCACUUUCCCCGUUUUAUUUUGUUAAUUAAAUUUUUUCCAAAUUGGAUUCUUCUGGGA